AUGGGAAGAGAUCGGAGGUGCAUAUCGCUGCAAGGCUGCGGCGUCACAUACGCAUCAGAUGAGUUGUUCAAGCCGGAGACUACCAAACUCUAUGAUGCGGACGCACAGUCUCAGUUUGGUUGCAAGAUAGACCUUCAGACUGCGGGUGAGGCAGCGUUCUACUGCCCAGCACCGUACGUCCUGGACCCGCCUGACUGUUUCAACCAAGUUUACGUGGUCGCUGAAGUGAAGAACGUAAUCGAUAUAGUCCUGUUAUUGAUUGCAUUAGCAUUCCAACACUUCGUUGCGGUGCGGAUUAACGGCCAACUCGUAAGACCUGAUGAGAUGCUGCGCCAGACCCCGCCGUUGUAG